AUGACGCCCCCGAACCUCCACAGCCUGACGCCCCCCAAGCUCCAGUCUCUACCAACAGAGCUCCUACUCCUCAUCGUCGCAGGGGUUGGUGAUGACUUUCGCCGGACUGCACUUGCUGGACUUUCCCGCACAAACAAGAGCCUCCAUGCAACUUGCAAUCCUAUGCUCUACGAUGAUGCUAUUAAGAAGAACGCCCAAGAAAUCACCACUUUUGCCGCCCGAGAUGGCAACAUUGAGACUCUGAUGAAGGCUCACGAGUACGGCGCCGACCUUAAUGCCGUUACCUGGGUGCCAUUUCCUUCCUGGGCACAUACGAAGGAUGCACAUGGGAACGAUGUCACAUAUCGUUGGGAGAUGUCGGAGAAUGCCAGCGAUGAAUUUGGUUUUGCCUGGGCGACACCUUUGGCCAUGGCCGUCUGCGAGGGCCACUACCAUGUUGUCAAGUACCUCAUGACUCUCCAUGUUGACGUCGACGUUCCAGGCAAGUUUUUCUGCAAAUGCCAUAUCGCCAACGAAAUCCUUGAAGACUGGCGGUCACCUCCUAGGUCGCCGGUUGGUAUACCCUGGGUUGAGGCGGGUUGUUAUACUGGGGUCUGGACCCCGCUUCACUUCGCCCUGUGUCGCAGGAAGACAUCCAUCGCGCGUCUGCUCAUCAGCUACGGCGCUUCGUUGACCAAUACGAGAUACCCCGUCCGGAGUCAGAUCCCCCGCGGAAACGGCAUCGCACCACUCUUUGGUGUCGGACCCGUCGAUAACCAGGAAGCAGCCACCAUUAGGAAGCGACUAGGCCCUCUGAUCCACAGUCUUGGUCUGCUUGAAAGGGUGCAGGCCAAGGAUACGGACUCAGAAACCGACCAGGAAGACAGCGAAAUUGGCCACGCCAUUCACACUGCAGCUGCGAGCGGGAAUGAGGCGAUUCUUCGCCGUCUCGUAUUGAAUCACAACAUCGACAUCAACCAGAAGGACAGACUGGGAGCUACUGUUCUGCACUACGCCCUGAAGACCGAAAGUGUCGAAAUGGUACAGUGUGUUUUGUCUUUCGGCGCAAACCCUAAUGUAGCUCUCGACAAAUUUGGAAACGCCGCAGAAUGGGUUUUAUUCUUAAAUUAUUCACGAAAGUGGGCAAGAAAUCACUUGGACCAGAUCAUGCAGGCGCUCUUGGACAGCGGCGUAUCUCUGUGGACACAACGACGCAACGACAUGGUGCAACCGGGUGAAAUGUCUAUGACGAUCAACCUGUGCACCGACUGGCUGCCGGGAUACGACUUUCCAUAUGCUUACAAUGGAUGGCUGGAGAGGUUCAUUCUUGGUUCUAUUGCCAAGUACGACGAGAAUCACCAUCGGAAGUUGAAGCGGGAGAAGAUGGACCUCUUCUGGUCCAUUCUGUUGAAUUACUGUAUCCCCGCUAGGGCUCUCGACGAAUUGAUCCAUUCCAUAGGCCCUAUCGAUUUCAUGGAGCUUCUAUCCGAGGAUACUGCACCUCCGGGAGACGAUGUGGUUUCCGCUGUGGUUUCCGAUGGGGUCACAAUCGGCGCGCAAGCGUUCCAGAGCUUGACAGAUGUCAGCUAUCCUCUAUGGGGAGAAACGGAAAGGGACCGGCGCUCUAUUCUUGGACGAAUUGAAUGGAUAUCGGAACAAGGAGUCCCGCUGUCACACAAGGCUCUGUGCCUCAUCACUGGAAUCAUCAGAAAGGAACCGUACCGAUAG